CUCCUCCACAAAGAAAAAAAAAAAAAAACAAAAUAAAAAACCCAAAGCUUUCUCUCUCACCCUUUUUUGUCAAUGGUGGAGUGUGACUGUGACAAGCUUCUGUCUGUCUCAAAAUCCUUCUUCACUGAUUAAUAAUAUAAUCAUUUUAAUUAACUAAAAUUACUCUCUCUUUCAUUUCCUAUAAAGCCACUUCUCUCUCUCUCUUCUUCAUUCCACUUCUUCACUAAUUUAUUCCAAUUUCUUAAUGGAUUCGGAGGAUGAGUUCGAUAUGCAGGACGCAGCCGCUGAAUCCGCUGAUGAUGAUUUCUACAGCGGAGGGGAUGAUGCUUUUGAAAGCGAUGACGCUGAUGUCGCUGAUUUCGAGUUCAUCGACAACGAUUCCGAUGAUUCCGAUGACCUCAUCUCCCAUCGUCACCAGCAAAACUAUACCAUUUUGAGUGAAGCAGAUAUUUGUCAACGUCAAGACGAUGAUAUUAUGAGGAUAUCUACUGUACUUUCCAUUUCAAAGGUUUCAGCUAGCAUCUUGCUCCGCUAUUACAAAUGGAGUGUCAGUAAAGUGAAUGAUGAAUGGUUUGCAGAUGAAGAAAAGGUUCGCAGGGUUGUUGGCUUAUUGGAGAAACCAGUUGUUGAAUUUCCAGAUGGUAGAGAAGUGACAUGCGGAAUUUGUUUUGAAAUCUAUCCUUCUGAUAGGUUGCAUGCUUCUGCUUGCGGUCAUCCAUUUUGUAGUUCAUGCUGGCAAGGCUACAUUAGCACAGCUAUUAAUGAUGGUCCUGGAUGUUUAAUGUUGCGAUGUCCUGAUCCAUCUUGCGGUGCUGCUGUUGGUCAAGAUAUGAUUAAUGAAUUGACUUCUGAUGAAGACAAGGAAAAGUAUUCCCGUUAUUUCAUUAGAUCUUAUAUUGAGGAUAAUAGAAAGACCAAAUGGUGCCCUGCUCCGGGAUGUGAUUAUGCUGUGGAUUUUAUUGUAGGCAGUGGAAGCUAUGAUGUUUCUUGCCACUGCUCAUAUAGCUUCUGCUGGAAUUGUACUGAAGAAGCCCAUCGUCCUGUUGAUUGUGGAACUGUGGCUAAGUGGAUAUUGAAGAACAGUGCUGAGUCUGAAAAUAUGAACUGGAUACUGGCUAAUUCCAAACCUUGUCCAAAGUGCAAGCGGCCAAUUGAGAAAAACCAAGGCUGUAUGCAUAUUACAUGCACACCGCCUUGUAAAUUUGAGUUUUGCUGGCUUUGCCUUGGUGCAUGGUCUGAUCAUGGAGAGAGGACUGGUGGCUUUUAUGCAUGUAAUCGUUAUGAGACAGCAAAGCAAGAGGGAGUGUAUGAUGAUGCUGAGAAGCGAAGAGAAAUGGCCAAAAACUCUCUGGAGAGAUAUACACAUUAUUAUGAACGAUGGGCAACCAACCAAUCAUCUAGGCAAAAGGCACUGGCAGACCUACAGCAAAUGCAAACUGUACAUCUUGAGAAGCUAAGUGACAUACAAUGUCAACCUGAGUCACAGCUAAAGUUCAUUACCGAGGCCUGGCUACAGAUAGUUGAAUGCAGGCGAGUUUUGAAAUGGACUUAUGCCUAUGGAUAUUAUUUACCUGAGCAUGAACAUGGGAAGAGACAGUUCUUUGAGUAUUUGCAAGGUGAAGCUGAGUCUGGGUUGGAACGUCUUCAUCAAUGUGCUGAGAAGGAGCUCCAGGUUUAUCUAAAUUCAGAGGGCCCAUCAAAGGAUUUUAAUGAGUUCCGUACCAAACUUGCUGGGUUGACCAGUGUCACUCGGAACUAUUUCGAGAACUUAGUACGAGCUUUGGAGAAUGGUUUAUCAGAUGUGGACUCUCAUGGUGCAUGCAGCAGGACAACAAACUCAAAGAGCUUGGGAGGUGGAAGCAGCAGGGGGAGAAGUGGGAGAGGCAAGGGUUCAACAUCCAGAUCAAGUGGCCCUAGCAGAAACAUUGAUGAUUCAGGCCACUGGUCAUGUGAACAUUGUACGUAUGCAAAUAUCAGGUCGGCUACCAUUUGUGCGAUCUGCCAACAAUGUCGUUAAAUUUCAUUUUCUUCACCGGCAGGCCGCCUAGACGGGAAUUAUCCGUUUUGCCUCUUUGGCUGUCCAAUUGUUUUGGGGAAACACCUUUUAGAUCAUUGCUGAGUGAAAGAAUAAUGCUCCAAUAAUUUCUUUGCUUUAAGACCUGAAGAGCAAUGAUGGAGAAUGGAAAUAGGGAAGGUAGAAACUUCACCUGUUUGACUUGUUUCUGAAAUCAGCUGUAAAUAGUUGCUGCCAUUUAUGACGAUCUUUAACUUGUACUAGUUAUCUUAUAUCAGGACCCAUGCAAAUGUAUUCAUCUGUAAUCUUUACUAUCAUUUAUUUAUGUUGUUACUAAUAGAUGUAUAAAGCACUUGAAGUUUUCAAGUGUUUUGGAGGAGUGAUAGCUACUUGGGGUCAAUAGGUUGCAAAUAAAUAUGUUGUACCGUUUGUUUUUGCUGGA